AAAUUAUUUAUUAAUGUAAGCCGAAUAACAGUACCCCUAAAUAGAUGUUAAGGAAUUCAAGGCAUUUGCUGUUUGGAGGUGGAAAGCUGAACAAGUAAGCAAAAUCAAUAUAUUUUUAUAGUUAAAUCAAAAUUGUUGUUCAUGCAAAAAAUUGAUGACUGAACCAUGCAUCGAUUGCGAAGUGAAUGACUAGAAUGAUGAUCAACAAAAAUGCAUUGCUGUUUAGAGUGGAAAUUGCGGUCAUGCAUUACAUCAACAUUGCAUACGAAAAUGGAUUCAAACCAAAAGUCAGGGUGGCACAUCAGGCACCUGUCCAAUGUGUGACUUAAUUUGGGAAAUCACAAAUGAAGUUGAAUUAUAGAAUUGACAUUCUUAGAAUCAAU